AUGAUUCCUUGUUUCAAGUCUUUUUCUUCCAAAAACAGUGCAUACGAUAAAAUCACGCUUGCAAUAAAGACUUUACGCACGAAAUUUCUUAUUCAGCUCUACACGCACACCACUAUCAUCAAAAUGAACGACCUCGACGAGACGAACGUUCGAAGAGUCACAAUCGAGGUCUCACCGAAAAACGACGUGAAGCCCAAUGGAAACAAUUUGCCUGAUACUCGCGAAAUUGAAACGGUGCAACAGGCAAAGCCAGCGCAAUAUCCAACAGCCAAAGCGGUGGCGACAGGUGGAGCAACGACUGAUUAUUUAUCCACGAACACCGUCAAACCUUUAGUGAAAUCGGAAAGUACCGCCAGCGAUGCGCCUUUUGCGGUCUCUACUACACCGAUCACAGAAUCCACGAUUGGAGUGAAAAUGGAAUCGCACGCUAUUGCUACAACGUCGCAUGCGAUAUUGACGGGUGGCUGGAAAGGAGUGGAGAUGCGCCCUGUCUAUCCCGGCAUAAUGCUGCUCAAUGCGGACAACACGAAGCGAGGUCGAUGCCCAACUGGAGUGGUGCUGACGUCAACACCACCUGCUAAACAGUUCUUUCCUUUUUGGAAUUGCAAAAGACAUCAAACGUCGCUAGUUGAGCAGGUUACUGAAUAUAUGGAAUUCAGCGCCUCAUCAUGUCCGGAAGCUAUCGGUGUGGAUCAGUCGCUAAUGAUGCCACUACCAGGAGCUGACGUGUAUAUGAUGCGGAAGCAGAUGGAACGGAUGAAGUACGCACAAGCAAGGGCAAGAACAAUGGUGAGAUCGAGACGAGAAAUCAGCUUUCGCCUCUGUCGGCCUGCCUUACCCGAACCGAAUCGGGGAUUGUAUGGUUAA